AUGCUAAAUAUGAAGUUUCCCGAUCUAUCAAUGUCGAAUCCAGUUCGACUUCGUGAAUUAAUAAGACAAAUUCGUUCAGCUAAAACAGCUGCUGAAGAACGUGCAGUUGUACAAAAAGAAUGUGCUUAUAUAAGAGAUUCGUUUCGUGACGAAGAUAAUACAUGGAGAUGUCGAAAUGUAGCAAAAUUACUUUACGUUUCAUUACUUGGAUAUCCGGCACAUUUUGGACAACUUGAAUGUUUGAGAUUAAUUGCAUCAACACGGUUUACAGACAAACGUAUUGGUUAUCUAGGAGCGAUGCUAUUACUUGAUGAACGACAAGAUAUCCAUGUACUCAUUACAAAUUCAUUGAAAAACGAUUUGAAUCAUUCAAAUCAAUAUAUUUCCGGUUUAGCCUUAUGCGCAUUAGGUACGAUUUGUUCACCUGAAAUGAGUCGUGAUUUAGGUGGUGAAGUUGAACGAUUAAUGAAAUCAACAAAUCCAUAUUUAAAGAAAAAAGCUGUGUUAUGUGCUGUUCGUAUCAUACGAAAAGUUCCUGAACAAUAUGAUGUUUUUCACAAUUCAGUUCGAAGUUUACUUACUGAAAAGAAUCAUGGUGUUCUUCUUACGGCAAUGACUCUCGUUAAUGAAAUGUGUCAACAAAAUGCUCAAGCAUUACAUAGUUUUAGAAAAUUAGUACCAAAUCUUGUUCGUAUUCUUAAAACUUUGAUUAUGUCUGGCUAUAGUCCAGAACAUGAUGUAGCAGGCAUUAGUGAUCCAUUUUUACAAGUAUAUAUUUUACGUUUAUUGCGUGUAUUGGGUCGAAAUGAUAAUGAAGCAAGUGAAGCAAUGAAUGAUAUUCUUGCUCAAGUGUCAACAAACACCGAGAAUAGCAAAAAUGUGGGAAAUGCUAUUUUAUAUGAAACUGUUUUAACGAUAAUGAAUAUUAAAUCAGAAUCAGGAUUAAGAGUUUUAGCAGUGAAUAUUUUGGGUCGUUUUCUAUUGAAUAACGAUAAAAACAUUCGUUAUGUUGCAUUGAAUACAUUGUUACGCGUUGUACAUGCUGAUCAUAAUGCUGUACAAAGGCAUCGAGCAACAGUUGUUGAAUGUCUUAAAGAUGCCGAUGUAUCAAUUAAGCGGCGUGCUAUGGAAUUAUGUUUUGCAUUAAUAAAUUCAAAUAAUAUAAGAACAAUGACAAAUGAAAUGUUAGAAUUUCUGGGCACAUGUGAAAUAGAAUUCAAAGCAGAUUGUACAUCAAAUAUGUUUUUAGCUAUGGAACGUUUUUCACCAUCAAAACGAUGGCAUGUUGAUCAAAUGAUUAAAGUUCUUACUACUGCUGGAAAUAGUGUACGUGAUGAUAUUGUAUCAAGUUUAAUUGGUAUUAUAUCAUCAUCGCCCGAUCUUCAUGGUUAUACAGCAUAUCAAUUAUAUAAAUUAAUCCGAAAUGAUAUUACUCAACAGCCACUUAUUCAAGUAGCAUCGUGGACAUUAGGUGAAUUUGGUGAUAUUUUUGUUAGUGGACAAUACGAAAAAUCCAAUGAUGUAGAACAUGUCCAAGUGACAGAAAAUGAAAUAGUUGAUAUAUUAGAGCGUAUAUUAAAUUGGACAAUAAGCACAUUGAUUACACGCGAAUAUGCAAUCAAUGCAUUAAUGAAAUUAAGUACUCGUUUUCCGAGUUGUUCAGAUCGAAUACAAUCUAUAAUGACAUAUUAUGCAUGUAACAUGAACCUAGAAUUACAAACACGUGCAGUUGAAUAUACAUCACUUUUUACUAAACAUAAUCCAAUCAGAUCAAGUAUUGUGGAACGUAUGCCAGUUCUCAUCAGUAAUAUAACUGCAAGUGCAAACAAUCCCGAACAACAAGAACAAAUAGAUAAUCAAGAAGAAAAUGUAUCCGAUAAUGCUCAAACAAAUCAUGUUCCACAGAACGAACCUGUGAUCAACUUAUUAGAACUUCUUGAUGAACCUAUUCAAACGAACGGAUCUCUAUAUCCUCACGAACAGCAAACAACUUUAUCAUCGACAUUGGAUCCAUUGAAUGAUUUUAUUUUCGGUAAUGAUUUGUCGAAUACUCAUUCCUCAAUUAUUCCACCAAUGAUAGCAUUAGAUAGAAAUGGCUUACGUAUUUUAUUUACAUUUGAACGAGAUGGUACAAUAUUAACAAUUCAUUCUAAAACAACUAAUUCUACACAAUAUCCAAUAACAAAUUUUAUUUUUAAAGCAGCUGUUCCAAAAACAUUUGUCAUAGAAUUACAUCCACCGAAUAGUACAACAGUGCCGGCACAUAAUUCUGGAGAUAUAUAUCAAAUAAUAAAAAUCUCAAAUCCACAUCAGGAAAAACUUCGUAUGAGAAUUAAGCUUAACUAUUUGGUUAAUAAUUCAUCGAUGAGUGAUGAAGCUGAGUUGAAUGCGUUUCCUGAACAGUGUUAUAAUUAA